AUGGCGCUCUUGGUGAUCUUCGUCCUCCUCGCGACCGCCGCGGGCUCCCAAGCCACGGCGCCGCCAUCGGCCCCAAACACUACGCACAUCAAGCUCCUGUGGCACGAGGUGGUGAGCGGCCGGCACCCGAUGGCGAUCCAGGCGGCGAGCGUGCCGACCACGAAUGCCUCCAAGUCAUUCUUCGGCGCCGUGUACGUCACGGACGACCUGCUGACGGACGCACUACUGCAAAUAGGCACAUCAGUAGGGCUGAAAAAUGCAUCACUGACGAGCGAGGCAGCCGCCAGUAACUAG